CGUCCGAAGAUCAAAGUUAAGCGAUUAAUUUGAUUGCUUUUCGUGACCAAACUACUUUGAUGCUAUAUUCAUAAUGCUUUGUCAUGCAAUCGAUAAACAUACACAAAAGCUUUCGCUGUAAAGCAUAAUUUCCAAAUCUGUGACGACAGCUGGAUUAAAAGGCUGAGCUGCUUUCAUUAAUAUUUUGUAGUAAUAUUAUUUGACUGUGGCACUAUGCUGAUGACAAUUAUCAGAUUAGUGAAGUGAAAGUUGACAUAUAUAGAAAUAGUAAAGUAAAGAUACCCCAAAUUAAGUAGUACUAAUUUUUUUACAUAAGUUAUUUUCACAGUUCACAGUUAUUUUCACCACUGUCUAAUGGCCGACAUCGGGAUCUCUCAUUGGGUUAAUGAGGCAACUAGUCACACCUGUGACAGGUCCUUUAAAAGGAGAGGUGGAAGAGGUAGACCAUAACUUACAGACAACAGAGAGAGAGACACCCAGUGAGUCCCUUGGAAGAGUGCAGAAGACCAUCAUGGCGCUAUUGACUGUCAUUCUGCUUGUCAGCACAGCUUUUUCUCUGGGAGAUGCUACGAAAGGACCCAAGACCCCCCGUGAACCUCCUAUAAAUACUGUGAAAAAUGGCCCGCCUGGAGACUACGGCUCCACGUGCGACUGCCAGGGAGAAUACACUCCUGAGCACCACUGGGGCUCUACAGGUUCCUCUUCGUGUCUUACCAGAACUGGAUGGACUAUCCCGGAAACUCAUCCUGGCACUGCACCAAUCAAAUGUGCAUGCAGUGGUGCUUGCAGAUGAAAGGUGUUGGAAGAGAAGAUUGUGAAAUACUUUGAUGGGUCGUCUUUACUGUACUAUGGGAGCUGAUUCACAUUCCAUAUACAUGAAGAGAUCCAGAGAUACGAAUGUAGGAUAAAUUGUGCUGUUAUAAUGAACCGUAUGACCACCACACCUGUCAUAAAGGCAGUCAAAUUCCAUGGGACCACUUCGUCAUGGUAACUGGGCUUUAACAAGCUAUUGUGCUGCUGAUGGUCAUGCGUAGUCUACUAUACUUCCUGGUACUCAGCACUUUAUUGCCCUCUAAUCACUAUCAAUGUAAUUGCAAAUCAACUAUUGAUCGUGUACAUGUGAUUAGCAGAUCUUUUUUAUUGUGGGUGUAGUGAAAUGCUUGUGCAUCUAGCUCUGACAGCCCAGUAGUAUCUAACAAAGUACGGUAUACACACCGGUAGGAAUGACUUAAGACUAUAGUUCAGUAAUUUUGUAAUCAAUGUUCAUAAAUUCCAAUUAUCUGUGAUACCCAGAGGUUGUAAAGUUCCGUUCUUAAAUAAAAACUGAAUUCCCAGC